AUCAAGCAACUCAAUGGCGAAGGUCUACAGCCGAGAUUCCACCAACUGGACAUCACAGACAAGGCUAGCAUUGACCGCAUUGGUCAGUUCCUGAAGUCCACAUACGGGGGCCUUGAUAUACUGGUCAAUAAUGCGGGCAUCAUCUUCAAGGCGACAGCCACAGAGCCGUUUAAAGUGCAGGCUGAGGUUAACUUGGCAACAAACUUCUGGGGCACUCUCAACGUCUGUAAUACACUCUUUCCUCUUCUUCGUCCACACCCUAGGGUUGUUAAUAUAUCCAGUAUGGGGAGUCAGAUGAUUGCCAAGAAAUGCAGCACAGAGCUUCAGAAGAAAUUCACAGAUCCAGAUCUAACAAUGGCAAAUCUGGAACAGCUUAUGAACGAGUUUGUAAGCUCGGCAAAGGAUGACUGUCUCAAGCAGAAAGGAUGGCCGGAGUCUGAGUACGGAGUAAGCAAGGUUGGAGUGACCUUGAUGUCCUUUGCCCAGCAAAAACAGUUCAACUCUAACAGCAGAGAGGACAUCAUUGUUAACGCUGUCAGUCAAUAG